UCGCCGAGUACUGUAUGUUUAUCCCCAGGUGAGUGCUCGCUUAAAUAGUCCAAAGAUAAUUAUGUCUAGUAGUAUAGUAUCAUACUCCAUUCUCCAUCGACUAUUAUUUCUACUGGGCAUUGCUUGUUCUCGGCAAAACUAACCUCAAUAACCACAAUAGUAGGGAUACACAUCACGCAACUCCUUUUGUAUCCCUCUGCCUAAAGAUUCCUACUCUUCUUCAACAACAAUUCUAACCUCAAACUCAAGUCACUAGCAAAUCACUUGCAAAAAAUGAUGAAACCCUCCCUUUCGCCGUGGCUAACUGCUGCCCUGCUGCCUGCCCUGGCAGAAGCCUUCAAUCUCGCCCAGCCAGGCCUCUCUCUAAGCACCAUCACCGCUACCUCCGUCAACACCGUCACCUCGACCUCGAGCUCGACCAUCCCGAUCAUCACCACCGUCAACAAUUGCGAGGUUGGCACCGCCCAGCCCACCGACAGCACAUGUGUGGAUACCAUCUGGUCGACAGACGGCACCUAUCUUUCGCAAUCCUGCGAAUACGCCUACGUAUAUCAAGGCUCCCUGAUUCGAUAUACCUCCGGGGUGGUCUACAGCGCGUGUGUCGACGACUGCUUAUAUGGGGGCUCGUUGGAUCUGGAGCGGGCUGGGUAUACAUACGACCAGGCCAUGGUUUAUUAUACCACCAACCCGUGCGUGGAUACGUCUACCGUCUCCUUCUCCACGGAGACUUUUGUCGAUACCGUCACCGUCACUUAUACCACUGUCUAUGUCGAGACCCUCACCCCUUCUUAUACGCCUGUUUCGAGUACACCUGUUGCAUCUUCGGCAGCAGCUUCUGCUUCUAGCUCAUCAUCAAUCUCAGCAUCUAGCUCAGUAUCAAUCUCAGCAACUAGCUCCGCAGCAUCUUCAAGUGCUGUGACAUCUUCUAGCUCAGCAUCAAGCUCAGCAUCUAGCUCAGCUUCAAUCAGCCAGCUCCCCCAUUCGUCCUCCCUCACAAGCAGUGCUUCCAGCACCGCCAAUCAUACCCUUACAGACUCGGUGGUUAUCUACAGUAUAACCUCGACUGUCUUCACUACCGACAUCUCCACUGUCUAUGGCUGCGCAGCUUAGUUUCCAUAUAUCCAUUGUAUAUUAAUAGAAUGAG